UAUGGAAAACCUGUCAAUGUGUUGUCAUUUAGGCCUAUCUUCAAAAUUGAAAGCCGUGACAGAGGUUCAAUAAACAUAAUGAUCUUCUAAUUGAUUAGUAAUGAAGCAUAGUUUUAUAUAGUCAUUUAAAUAAAGAAAUGUCUGUGUUUGGAUUUAUAACUUCGGAACUCACACGGGGGUAUCGUCUGGAGAGAGAUGAAUCCAAAUAUGCUGAAAGAAGAGAAAGGGUGUAUACUUUUAUGAAAACUCCCAGAGAAUUGGAAAAGUUUUGUGCAUAUGGUUUCUUUCAAUGUGUGGAUGCCUUUCUCUUCUUAUUCACAUUUCUUCCAUUGAGAAUAUUUAUGGCACUUGUUAGACUAUUUACACACCCAUGUGGCUUCUUUUCUUCUGGAUCUGGAAGAUAUUUGGAAUCAGCUCAGAUAUGUGACUUGUUAAAGGGGCUAGUGUUUGUUAUGUGUUGUUUUAUUGUCAACUAUAUAGAUACAUCUAUGAUGUAUCAUCUAGUCCGAGGACAAGCUGUCAUAAAACUUUAUGUCCUUCAUAAUAUGUUAGACGUAGCUGAUAAAUUGUUUUCAGGAUUUGGACAAGAUAUAUUAGAUGCCAUGUUUUGGACGGCUACAGAACCAAGAGGUAGAAGAAGAGAACAUGUUGGAACUUUGCCACAUUUUAUAUUAUCUAUUAUUUAUGUCAUUAUUCAUACAUUGAUUAUAUUAUUUCAAGCAGCAGUUUUAAAUGUAGCUUUUAAUUCUCACAGUAAAGCUUUAUUGACUAUCAUGAUGUCAAAUAAUUUUGUUGAAAUCAAAGGUAAUCUGUUUAAAAGAUUAGAUAGAAAUCAUCUUUUUCAUAUCUCAUGUGGUGAUAUUAAAGAAAGAUUUCAUUAUGCAAUUCUAUUAUCGGUGGUGUUUAUUAGAAAUAUGACAGAAUUUUCAUGGAACCCAGAUCAUGUUUGGGUGAUAUUACCAGAUGCAUUGUUAGUUUUAUUAUCAGAAUUCAUCGUAGAUUGGGUUAAACAUGCUUUUGUAUUAAAAUUUAACAAAAUAUCAUCAGAGGUUUAUCAAGAAUUUACAUAUAAUUUAGCUUCUGAUAUGAUAUCAAGUAGACAAAAAUCUGCUUUUACUGAUCAUUCGGAUCUUCUGUCCAGAAAAAUGGGUUUUACACCUCUACCAUUAGGAUGUUUGCUUGUUAGAGUAUGUAGUAAAUCAUUUAAAAUAUCUGGAAUUGUAGGAAUUGCAUUACUUAUAUGUCUAUAUUUAUGCCUACUGACUUCAAAAAUAUUAAUUAGCAUUGUUCUUCUGGGAUAUGGAUCCAAGUUUUUAAAAGAAAAGGGAGAUGUUCAACAAUUUGAUAAAGAAAGAGAGAUAGACUCUCAAGUUAUUCCAGCAAAAGAUAAAAGGUCAUCUGAAUAUGAACAAGAGGAACACAAGUUAGAUUUUGCUUCAUUGAGUGUGGGAGUCGUAGAUGUUGAACCACGGUCGGAUUUUGAUCAUUUAACUUUCAAUGUCAGUAAUAAUUCUGAUCAAACCAGCAAUCUACCAACUGCUAUAGAUAAUCUCUCUAGUGAAAUGAAUAAUUCCCAAAUGACAGAGUCAAGAACAGAUUUGGAAUCAGAAGUUAUUAUUUCACCAAGAACAGAUCUGAAUGGAUCUAGAUUUACAUAUACUCAUGUGAAAAAAAGAGUGAAUGCAUCUUCUAGGACACGUUGUCUGUCUGAGAGUAGUGCUGAUCAGAUGAUACAGGAAGUGUCACCACGUAAUACAUCAUGCCCUCCUAGUCCAACAGUCAUCACUGAGACCAGUGAUACUGAAGUCAAAAAAGAGACAUAAAAUCAAUUCAAAUUGCUGAAUGCUUAUAAUGCAUAACCAUUGUGUUUAUUAAUUUUGUGACUUGUCACACUGUCCAGUAUGUGACAAUCUGUGUUAUUUUGUUUGUGAUAGUGACUUUAAUAUUGUGUGUGAUGAUAAGUCAUUGUUUUCACGUUUGGGACCAUCAAAGCUAUUUGUGUGUUUGUGUGAUAGUCACUAGUUUGUGUUGAAGUCUCUGUCAUGGGUUUCACGACAGUUACAUUAAUAUUGUGUCUGACAGUCACAAAAAAAAAUAUAAGAUUACUCUUACACAUAAUAUUAUAGUGACUGUCAGAUACAAUAUUAAGAUCAUUAUAAUAUUGUGUGUGACAAUCACAAUAUAAUAUUGUGUAAGUUUCACAAUAAUAUUGUGUGUGACAGUCAGUAUAAUAUUAUAUGUAAGAGUAAACUUAAUAUGUCACUAUAUUAUUCUUGUGUGCUGCAGUAUAAAAUUAUGGGUGAAGUGAAUAUGGUAUGUUUUUGUGUGAUAUUCACUAUAAUUAUGUGUGGGAUAUUCUCUAUAAUUAUGUGUAUGACAGUCACUAUAAUUACUGCAUGUGUAUGACAGUCACUAUAAUGCUGUACUACUAUGGUAUGUGAGGGUCUGCUGAAAUUAAUAUGAAGUAUGUGAAUAGUGAUCAUGAGAUGGGUAAAUAAUAAGUAUAACUGUGUAAUGUAAAAGAUAAACCACUUUGUAUGUUAUCACUUUGAACAAUUGUUGUCCUAUAGCUUAUCUGCUUCUUCGCAAGCAUAAUAGUUAAACCUAGAGGUAAAUUAUUCUUUAAAAGUAUAAAGAAAUUUAUAAUGUUAUAGUGCAUAUAUAUAUUUUAAUUGUUUACAUAUGUGCCUUUCUUUGUUGGAGCUUUUAUCUGUGAUGUCAUCUAUAUAUUUUCUAAAAUCCUGAUUUCUACCAAUUAGUCAGAUUUCUAACAGGAUGUUUUUACUUUAAUUAUUAGUACUAUUUAAACAGACAAAAAGAAGACCUAUUAUUAAAAUUUGCAUUAUUUAUAUUAAGUAUUAAUAAUGGCUACAAAGUGUUAUGUUGUAUUAAACAUUCAUUAUCAAGAGCUAAAACUGCCUAUUGCAGGUCUUUCUUUAGGCGUUAAAUUAUUAAUGGUUCGUGCAUUCCUGGAGUUUUACGUUCACUUCCACCAAGGGUGAUAUCGUAGACAACUUUAUUGUUAAUUAGACAUUAAUUAAUUUAUCAAAACCAUAAUCAACUUUCAAUGCCAUCGUUAGCCUGCAAUGUUUAGUGGAUUUCAAUAUGUCUUGUGAUGGAUAAUUUAACAUAUAAAUAGAUAAUCAAGACUUUGUUUAUUUAUUAUUGUACCAACAUUAGUAAAUGAAGAUCAAGGCUAGCCUAAACUUGAAUUGCUAAUAUUCUGUUUUCAUUAUCUAUUUUUUAACUAUUAUAGCGAGAAAUGUCAGCUCUAAUCUUACCUAACGUCCCUUUAAGAAACAAACACCCUUCGUUCAGAUAUAUUCUGAAAUUUCAAAUUGGAUUCUACUUACAUACAACCAUAACAGUACUUUGUAACUGAGAAGCAAGCUUUCAAACUGUUCUUUGAGUGAUUACGUUACUAUUACUGAAUUAUUUUUAGAAUAUUGGUUGGACAUGGCAAUGUGCCAAGGGUACAUUAUUCAUACUAGUUGAAAUUUUGGACAUGCAUGACGUAUUUCAUUGCAAAGCAAGUGUGAAAUUUUGGACCCGCAUGACAUAUUUCAUUGCAAAGCAUGUGUGAGUGUCUGUAUUUUAAGUUGUUUAAUGGUCUUGAGCUUGAGACAUUGGGUAAUAUAUUGAAACAACAGCUCAAGACUAAAGUCCCUGUAUUGUUUCAAUAUAUUACUUAAUGUCUCGCUCUCGACCAUUAAACCACACUUAGUUACCGAUAAUGCCAUUAAUAGGUCCAUAUACCUUUAAAGUAUGUGAAAAGAUGGACAUCAUUUUAAUUGUGCUAAUAUAUUUGCUGUAUUAAAUAUGCUGUUUAUAUA